AUGUUUGCCAAAGCUAUUGCUUCAUUUAUGAUGUUAGCCUCGUGCGCGUUCGGGGCUCCUGGGAAAAAUGUACAAAUUGGUGCUCCUCAUGAAUUGGUGUCCAAUCCAUCAGGCCAAAAGGUGACUUCGUCAGAAGCUUUCACGAGCGGCGCUGGGAACCGUGAUAAUAGUAAUAUUUAUGACGGCACUGGCAAUGCUGGAACUGACCAGUAUAAUUGCUAUUACGGGGGCUGGGAAAAUUUUCCCCCUAAGUCGGAGUGGAUAGAGUUCGAUGCAAUGUGGAACUAUUCCAAAUCUGCAAUGUCGACAUCUUGUUCCGACCUUGGUAUCGGCUCAUGCUCAAAUGGAGCUGGAGCAUUCGGAUCUGGUGACUCCGGACAACAGAUUGGCAUGAUCUGGAAUGCUAUUCAGCAAGUUGCUGAGUCCUCGUUGGUUGACCAUCGUUUUAUUCUUGCUACGAUUUUACAAGAAUCCUCUGGUUGCGUCAAUGUGUGCGCGACGACAAACCCAGACCCCUCCCAGCCAGAUAACCCGGGUCUGAUGCAAUCAGAUGGUGGCUCAACUUUCGUUGGCAAUUCUGCUAGCAAUUCGGCUCAACAAACAAGUAUAACGCAAAUGGUCAUUGACGGCACUCAGGGAACAGCUGAUGGUGAUGGUCUCGUCCAAUGCAUUAACCAAUACGGAAACGUCUAUGAGACACAGGCUGCUAGAUGUUACAACUCUGGAUCAGUUGACAGCUCUGAUUUGAACAAUGGGGAAGGAGCGACGAACUCGUACGUGAAUGACAUCGCUAACCGACUGACUGGAUGGUUGUAUUCCAACUCAAACUUCGACAACUGCUAA